UCAAGCACAAUUGACAAUCCGCAACAAUACCAAGUCGAAUUAUCUUGCAAUUUCCUCGGCCCUUGCUUUUUUCUUCUCUCUUUUCAUUUCAUGCCUUCUAUCCCAUCCGCUUUCUUUUUUUUGGGCUUGGGGAGAAUUGGGCAAUCAGCCCAUGUGGUACUGUACGAUGUAAAUUCCAUGUCGGGCAGAGCGAAAGAUACCGAUACCCUCCGCGGAGUGGUUGUCUCAAGAGGAAUUCACAAUAGACCUAUGCUCCUGGUGACUUUGACAUCAGCACCUCGCGAAAUCUGCCUAGUUCCAGACCUGAAUGGUCUGCAAGGAGGAGGCAGACGCAGGAGGCCUAGUACCACCGCUUCGAACGGAGUGGUACCGUGGACACUGACCGAGUGUCUCUCUAGUCCCUCAGGCCUGAUACGGUACGCUUACGCCGCUUACGGCAGUUCGCAGGCCGUGGGACCCCUGAGGCCGAUCGCUCAGUGCAGCCACGUGAAGGCAGUUCGCAUCGAGAUCGUUGCCGACCGAUGCUGGCCUUUGCUUUGUCCUGGAAAGGAUCAGGCGGGUGAUCUGGUAGCCACGUUUAUCCUCUUUUUUUUUUCUUGUCCUGGAACCACUCAUCCAGUAUGUCCUGGCCAUCUGUCCAUGAUCCUGUUGAUCUCUUCUCACAUGUGAGCAACCAUGCAAGAGGAGCAAAUUCAAUGAUGUCGAGGGAGCCAAGAGGAAAGUCAACCGAUGGAGCUUACUCGACCAAGAAGUCUCUGACACUGACAGAGUGGC